AGGGAUUCGUCCUUCAUAUGUGCACAUGUGACCAAGGACGGGGAAUCUUGAUGCGCAGAGUAUGGCCUUGGGUCCUGAAAAGGUGCCGCCGCAGUACUUCAUCCUUUGUACAAUGCGAUUGAGCGUCUGAAAAUGUUCCCAGACAAACCGGCGGAUCCCAUCGUUCUUCGGAAUGGUCUCAUACCCUCCUCCGGCCAGCUCGUAACGCGUCUUCGGUCCUCGGACUGGCGCAUCGUCAAUGUACGGUAUCGUGAACUGGGGAAUCUCGGGCUGCAAGAUGAAGGGUAACCAGUCGAAGGGCGCCAAAUGGGGACUGAAAGGUGGUGUAAUCCCGGGAGGCCUCGGAUUGUCCGGCGAAAUGCUCUGCUACUUGCUCGGUGAAAGGUGGCACUCCCGAGUGCUGGAUCGUGACCGCGUUUAGUGGUUCCAGGCUGUGCACCAAACGUAGGCUCGUUCCGUCUUUCUUCACCACGCAAAACCAUCGAGAA